AUGAUUGCCGAGAUUUUACACGGUAUUAGAACUAUUAGAGAUGAACAAGAAAAAUACGGUCAAGCGCUGAAAUUCUAUGAACAAAGUCUGUCGACAUUGAAGAAUUAUUAUUCAUCAGCUUAUAUUGAUAUUGUUUGUUUUUUACAUUAUAUUAUGAAAGCGUUGACGAUGUUGGAUACAUAUUAUCCAUCAUAUCUUUUACGUAUUACAAGUUCUCUCAACUACUUCGGAAAUAUCUUGAGAAAACAGCAGAAACUGGAUGAAGCUUUCGAUGUCUAUAAACGAGCAUUAACGAUUCUCGAAGAAAGUUUCGGAUCUGAUCACACUGGUUGGACGCCAACCCUUACUAAUAUCGACUCAAUCGGUGAUAUAUACAAAGAUCAAAACAAUAAUGAGGAAUCUUUGAAUUACUAUCAAAAAGGAUUAGAAGUGCGGAAACUUGUUUAUCCUCUGUAUAGUGCAAAGGUUGCUUAUAGUUUGAACUAUAUGGCAUUAGCAAUAGUAGAGAAAAUUGAUCCAGAUAAUUAUAUAUUGAUUGCUGCAAUCUUAGGAAACAUUGGUAAUACAUUAUCUUCACAAAAGAGAUUUGAAGGAGCUUUCGACUUUCAACAACGUUCAUUAAAUCUACGAAAAACGCAUUGUCCAUCCGAGUAUGCAAGUGUUGCUUUGAAUUAUAAUAGUAUAGGAGAUAUUAGAUACCAAGAGGAUAAGUACCGCGACCAAGCACUGGAAUUCUUUCAGAAGGCUUUAACAAUAAAAGAAGAAUUCAGUCCAACGAAUUAUACAUUCAUCGCCUUACUUUUAUACAAUAUUGGCUAUGCUUUGUCUGGACAAGGAAAAUACCGCUUUGAGUCAUUGUGCGGUGGAAAAUAUUCGGUAUACUCAAGACAAGUACAAUGA